UUAUAGGAUGAGAAAGGGACCUACUCUUUCCCUUAAUUGGAACAAAAAGCUUAAUCCUUCUAAACUGAGCCCUCAACAAAUCUUCACAAAACCUGAAAGCAAUUUGUAGAAAAAAGCACAAAAAAAAAAAAGUUCCCAUUUUUUCAUUUUUCCGUUGAUGUCUGAUAGCUGUAACUCUCGUCAUUUUUCAUGGCUAAUGAAAUCUUGUUUUCCCAAUACACAAGACCCACCACCCCACCAGCCUAUCCCCACCAUGUUAACCACCACUAUUUCUUCACUACCAGAUGAACUUCUUAUUGAAUGUUUAUCAAGAGUUACUCAUUCUUCACUUCCUUCAUUGCCUUUAGUUUGUUCUCGUUGGUCUCACCUUCUUGAUUCACCUACUUUUCACCUUCUCCGUCACCGGAAUAACCUUUUACAACUUACCCUUUUCGCCUUUUCGAUUUCUAACGGAACUCUUUUAACCGCUAGUUACAACAUAUCCAGUGUAAUCCCACGAAUAAGGUCUGAGGAGGGUAGACUGGACGCGCUUACAUCUAAUUUGGGAGUUAGAGAGACUGUUUUCGAUAUACCCUCUGCUAGUGUCAGAUUGAACAAUACUUACAACAACAACAACCCCAAUGUAGGAGAGGGUAGAGCGUACGUAGAUUCGACCCCCAUCUUGGGAGAUACAGAAGUUGUUUCCGAUAGAUACUCAGCUAGAUUGAACAACAAUUAUAACAACAACAACAACAUACCGAGUGUAAUCAGACGAAUGGGAUUUGGUGAGGGCAGAGAGACUCUUUCUGAUAGAUCCUCGGCUAGAUUGAACAAUAAUUACAACAACAUACCGAGUUUAAUUUCAAGAAUGGGGUUUGCGGAGGGUAGAGAGACUGUUUCCGAUAGAUACUCAGCUAAAUUAAACAAUAAUUCCACAUGGAAAAUUUGUUCUUUUGAACAACAUGGGUCUUUAUAUUCUUUGUUUUCACAUUUUCGUUUAUCAGCAAUUGGUCGGAAAAUCUACGUUAUCGGUCGGACAGCUAUGUUAAGAUGUGACACGUGGACAGGUAGUGUUGUUCCAUUACAAGGGCCUGUUUUUCCUAGGAAGAAAUUUGCUGUUGCUGUUGUAUGUGGGAAAAUAUAUGUUGCUGGAGGUUGUACGGCGGUGGAGGAGUAUGAUCCAAUGAGUGACACGUGGCGCGUGGUGGCUAACGCGCCGAGGAAAAGGUAUGGGUGUGUUGGCGCGUCGGUCGAUGGUGUGUUUUAUAUCAUUGGUGGACUCAAGCUCAGCGGCGCGUCGGGAAAUGAUCUGGUGGCGCGUGGAACCCGUGCAUCGGAUGCAGCCCAUGUAUACGCUAGCUCAAUGGAUUUAUACGAUGCUGUUAAUGGUGUUUGGUUACGCAGCCGAUCCGUUCCUGGAGGCGGCUGCGUGGUGGCAGCAUGUGCUGCUGCCGGAGAAAUAUACAUACUUUCCAGCCAUGCAGUGGAGCUAUCAUUCUGGAAAUUUAACGGGUCACGAAAAUGUACCCGUUUUGGUGAAUGGUGUAGGAUAAAAUCGCCACCAUUGCCGGCGCAAGUUAGAUUAGACAGUACUGUGAGAUUUAGUUGUGUUGGGAUUGGAGAGACAGUGAUGUUAGUACAAGUAAAUGGUUGUAUUGAUGAUUUGUUAAGGCGAAGUGGGAGAAUAGAGAGAGGGAUGAAGGAAGGGUUGGUGUUGGUUUAUGAUUGUGUCGUUGGUGAAUGGAGCAGAGUUGCUGAUUUGCCAGGGGUGAUUCGCCGAUCUGCUUGUGUCUGUGUUGAGUGCUAAUUUAUCAUUUGUAAUUGAUCCCAUUCACAUUGUUGUAUGUUAUUCUUUGGAAACAAUUAUCUUUUCUUUUGGGGCGGCACAAUAAAAUUGGUGGCCUAAAGCUAAAUCAUUAAAGAAACUUUAAACUUA